UAGAUUUGUUUAAUGUUGAUAGCAAUUUAGCCGACAAAAGAGCUAUUUAUGACCAUUAUAAAACCAGGUGCAUCAUUUACAGGAAAAAUAUAAAACGAAUGCAGACAUUUUGCUGCUGAUCAAUUGCUUUCUUAACUAAAAAAUGGAACGUCACAUUGCGUUUGCCAAGAUAAAGCUCCAUAAUCCUGCUGCUCAACUAAACCGCAAUACUACAAACGAGCAAUCUAAUCAAAAACAACAGCAGUUAGCCGAGAAAGACGGAAACAACAAAGAAAACAAAAAAGAACAUAAAGCGCGCAAACAAUCUCCUGAGAAAAGCACUGUCGGGCAAAAUAAAACUCAAGCUGAAGAUUCGAAAACGGAACAAAAUAAAGGAGCAAAACCAGGUACUAAACAGGGUGCGACUUCAGCUGCUACUGGUGACCCUUUGACCUCAAUUGCAGUAGUUGACCCCGAAAAUGACCAAUCACGCCCUAAUUCUUCAGGCGAAGGGCCUAAGGAGAUCCCGCCUGCAGUUGAAGAGUUCUUUGUUGUUAAUUUAGACUGCUCGUUUGUGCUUUUGUUGGAACACUUAAAGAGUAAAUUACUAACCGAUCAAGGUGCUAUCUGCGACCUUGAAUUGAUAGACGAAAGUGGACAGAUAAUGAACAUUGCUGACUUCUCCCCCAAAGAAAAGGGCUACAAUCUACUGAAGGAGAACUGCACAUACUACCCUGUGAUCAUCAAGAAAAACAGCGACGGCUCUCUCAGUAAUUUCGAUAUUUACGGCAAAGAGAAAUUUAGUCUGGAAAUUAUUACCAAACUAACCACUCAAAUCAAGAAAUGUGUCAACAAACUGUCCAAAAAGAAAGCAGCCGACAACGCAGACGCGGCCGAAUCUCUGGAAGCAGCAGCUGCCAUGUCAUCCACUGGAAAAGUUAGGAAGAAAAAAACAGACAAGGGUGCCACCGAAUCCUCCGGAUGAAUUAUGGACUUAAACUGCUCCAGUAGUUUUCAAACAGCCAUUUAUGUAUCGUUUCAAAGAUCUACCAACUAAUUCGAACUAAGUUAUGAAUUUUUGAGUACUAUCUUGAAUGCGGAUAUUAAAAGUAGCAGAUUUGCGCUUACCUCGGAGUGAAACUUAUCUUUCUUUAUCAGCUAUAGUGUCCGCGCUACCGAAUAAACGAGCAUUUGUAAUCUAAACAAUCAGCAUAUAGCAAAAAUCAAAUACUUACCGAAGAAGCUGGUAUAGUGAUUAGUUUAACAGUUUAUAACUACAAAAAUCAAGUAUACUAAGUAACCACUUUUCGCAGGAUCACAACACAUUGACGUUGUCCGUCCCUGUUAAGGGUUUGGCUCAAACGAAGAACUGUAUAUAACAUAUGUUAAUUCAUUGUAGUAGUGGUUGAUCAUUUUCAGAUACUUAAAGCUAGCAAUCAAGGUCACAGACUAGACAUGGAUACUGCCAGUUUAUGAUUAUUGAAUUCAUCAUUCAACAUUCUCCCCUCUCUGAACGAAGUAUAAGUAUAGUUGAGGGCCAAUGUUAAUCUAUUUUGAUCAGUUGUCUGUCAUUGAUGUA